AUGUCGAUUUUGCUAUUCUCAUUGAUGGAGACAGGUGCUAAAAGACACUGCAGGUUCCCACAAACCCUCAGGGAAAAGGUGCAAGACUAUUUGACCCUUGGUUGGAUCAAUAGACUGCCCAUCAUCCAGUCCACCUCCCCGGCUGAACUCGUCUCUCGCGUGCUCUCCAGCGUCCUUGGUCCUCGACUUGCACAGUAUGUCUACGUCGACUUCGCGUCCGGUGCGGGUGGUCCGACACCAUACAUCGAGAACCAUCUGAACAGCGAGCUUCGUGCCACAAAAAAGGAAGAGGUCAAAUUUGUCCUCACCGACAUCAGCCCCCACGUCAGUGCUUGGGAGGCGGCUGCGAAGAAGAGCAAGAACAUCAGUUACAUUGCCCAGAGUGUCGAUGCCACGAAUGCUCCAACCCAGGAAGAUCUGCUCAAGGACGUUCCCGACACAAAAGGAAAGAAGGUCAUGCGCCUUUUCAGUCUGGCAUUCCACCACUUUGACGACGACCUUGCCGCCAAAAUUCUCAAGAACACUGUAGAGACGUCGGAUGGGUUCUGCAUCUUCGAGCUCCAAUCUCGCCAUCUCAGUUCCUUCAUCCUUGUCAGCCUCCUCUGGCCGCUCGCUAUGCUGAUCGCGCCAAUCUAUUUCCUUCGCUCGCCGGGGCAUUUGUUCUUCACCUACCUCGUUCCCAUUGUUCCUUUUAUUUGGGUCUGGGAUGGCUACAUUUCGUGCCUGAGGACAAGAACGCCCGAGGAAGUCGAGGCUCUCCUCCACCGGCAUGUAGGGAGCGAAAAGCUGGUAAACUGGAAGUUCAAGAGUGGUCAAGCUUGUCAUACCUGGCCUAUCGGUUAUCUCAAUUGGAUUAUCUGCUACAAGGAAGAUUGA